ACCGGGACCGGGACCGGGACCGGGACCGGGACCGGGACGCACGUUUGGGGUCCUCGUGGGGUGGGCCCGGCCCAGUGGGAGGUUUGGGGUCUCUGGGGAGGGGGUGGGGCGAAGUCUCCGCCAUGGGGCCCUCGGUGUCUCCCCCGGCCCCCGCGGGCUGGGCCGGGCGAUGGGGGUGCGGGGUGUCCCCUGGAGGGGGGGGGAGCGGUGGGACAGGGUGGCUCUGGGAUCCCCGCAGGGUGGGGGGGGCCCCCAUGACCAGCCCCUCUCUGGCUUUAUCCUCCUUCCGCAGGCCUGUCGCCUCCAGAAGCUGUUUGGGGCUGACGGGGACCUGGCAGACGAGGAUUUCCUCUCUGCCGUGGAGGACGCAGAAAACCAGUUCAUGGUCCCUGCUCCAAUUCAUGGGCAGCCCCCGGCCCCCGGCCAGCAGCCUCUCCACCCCCUGGGACCCCAGCUGGGUCACCAUUCUGGUAAUCCCCCCAGCCUGCGGCCCAUCACUGGGCAGGGGGAGCAGCCCAUGGGCUGCCAGGGAACCCCGGCCGGAGGGACAGCCCCUCAGGAUGAGCUGGACAAUGACCUCUUCCUGGCUGCCUGCAUGGAGCUGGAGGGUCCCAAGCUGCCGGCGGGGACCAGUGCUGCCUGGCCAGCCCCCGGGCAGUGGAAGAAGCCCCCCCAGACACACACGGGGCAGGAGAGCCCUCAGGAAUGGGCAGCCCCCAAGAAGCUGCGGGUGGGAGAGGAGCUGGUCUCUCCCAGCUCCGGAGGGGUGGAGGGCAGGCAGGACCCCCUGCCCACCCUACAGGCAGCUCCCAAACUGGUGCUGCGGCCCAGCACAGCCAGUGCCUGCCCCCCUGGGCCCCCCACCCCUCUGGGAAAGCCGGGUGGCUUGUGUGGCUUUGUCCCCACUCCCGGGGGUCCAGCCCUGAGGCCUUUCCAAGCAUCCCCGUACCAGCCAGGAGUGAGUGGCUCCUCCGUGGGGCUGCAGGUGCCCCGGACCCCCAUGGCACAGGCUCCCCGGCAGAGCUGCCCCCCACCCCAGUGGCCCCCCACCAACCCAUCAGCCUUGAUGAGCUGCGUGGAGCCCGUGCCGAGGCAGCCGCUGCAGCCAGCUCCGGCCAGCCUGCAGACCCCAGUGGUCACCAACCACCUGGUGCAGCUGGUGACGGCAGCCAGCAAAGCGCCCGGGGCCACCCCUCGACUCCCACCACAGGGGAAGACUCGCCGGUUCCCAGGGCCUGCCGGGAUCCUGCCCCAGCAGCACACUGGGAAGCUCCUGGAGGAGAUCCUGGUUUCUGCUCCCCAAACUCCAGCUCAUGGGGCUGUGGCAAAGCCACGAACAGAGGGACUGCCCAGCUCCUCACCGCCCACGGAAGAGGAUUUCGGGAAGGGCCCCUGGCUUGCCAUGAAGAUGGAGCUGGGGCUGGAUGAGAGAGACCCAAGCUGCUUUCUCAGGACCUACAGCGUGGUCAUGGUGCUGCGGAAGGCAGCCUUGAAGCAGCUCCCCAAGAACAAGGUCCCCAGCAUGGCGGUAAUGAUCAAGACCCUGACCAGGACCAACGUUGACGCUGGUGCUGUGUUCAGGGACCCGACCGGAGAGAUGCAGGGCACGGUGCAUCGCCUGCUGCUGGAAGAGAGACAGAGCGAGCUCAAACCCGGCUCGGUGCUGCUCCUGAAGCAGGUGGGCGUCUUCUCCCCAUCCCACCGCAACCACUACCUCAACGUCACUCCCAAUAACCUGCUCAAGAUCUACCCACCGGAGCCCGAGGGCAGCUUUUCGCAGCCCUUGUCAGCACAGCAGCAGGUUCCUGCCCAGGCUGAGCUACUCCGAGACCACCCUGCCCAGCCCCUCCGGGGUGUCCCUGCACCUCAGGACUGGGGACAGUUGAGGACGGGCAGCCACAGCGCAGAACAGUCUCCUGGGGGCUUCUUCCUGCACCCGCAGAGCCCCAGGCCCAGGCGAGAAGAGCCGGUGGGAGCUGACGGCUGCGACAUGGAUGACCUGGACGGGCUCCUGGGGGAGCUGCCUGAGGACUUCUUCUCUGCUCCAGCCCAAGCUGACUGCUGCUGACAUGGCCGUGGGGCCAGGGAGACGGUUACUGCUGGCACAGUCUGGGCUGCACCAUGGCCUGGUGAGGAUGCCCAGGAAGCAGGCGAUACACCGCUUGCUCCUUUCUCUGUAUGUCUGUUGUGUUUGUUCUGGAGCUGAGAGCUACGGGGACGUGGGGAGUCCCAGGUGGACAUGGCCUCAGCGCCUGUCCUUGCUCCUCUGGGUAGGCCAGCCCCUCUCGGCUCCCAAACCUGCAUUAAAGGGCUGUUUUGUCCCUGC